AUGCCACAUCACUCAGGGUUGGUUGGAGUGGGUAGAACGUCUCCUCAUCCACCGGUCUCUCACUUUAUUUCUCAAGCGUGCUCCACCCAGUAUACAGACGUGCUUGUGAUUGAGCAAUCUGUCAGUGCUAAGUUCUAUGUUCGUGAGAGCCUCAUUGUCGCUAGUGCUACAAAUGCCACUGUUCUGACAGCAAGCGUUAUUCUACCUCAGAUUAUCACAGCCUUGGCUGCUCAUGCUGGUGUCCCUACACUGUCUAUAGAUGCUAUUGGAUCGUCCGACACCAUCAAAGUCAAUAACCAGGUUACUUUACAUAACAACGAUGCUCACUGUACUUUUGGUGGUUUCUCUAUCGAGCAACAUGCUCUUAUGGAUUCGCUCUCUACAUCCCAUCACGUGAUGCAUGCGCUUCUUCAUCGCAUCUGGGAUCGUCUUGAUACCUAUAGUGAGCUGUUACUGUCAUUUGCUGGGCACAUUCAGCCCAUUGAUUCUCCUCAUCCUCCUCGAGCUCGCAGCAUCUACGGUUCAUUUGUUGUGCUUAUGGAUUCGUUCUCUUUUGAAGUUAUCUAUGUGUUCCUUUGGAUUUCCUAA